AUGGCGCCAGCUCCUGUACCAAUGCCAGACGUCAAUGUCACGGCUGUCCGCGAGGACGCCGUCGAGGACGAUGUCAUGGAAGACCACCACCCGUCCAACUUCCAGGACUCCGUCCACAGCCGGCUCCGGGCCAAUUCCUCCAUCAUGCAGUUCCAGAAGAUCCUCGUCGCCAACAGAGGAGAGAUCCCCAUCCGCAUCUUCCGCACAGCCCACGAGCUCUCCCUACAGACCGUCGCCGUCUUCAGCUACGAGGACCGGCUCAGCAUGCACCGCCAAAAGGCCGACGAGGCCUACCAGAUCGGUAAGCGUGGCCAGUACACACCCGUCGCUGCCUACCUGGCCGGCCAGGAGAUCGUCAACAUCGCCUCGCAGCACGGCGUCCAUCUCAUCCACCCGGGCUACGGCUUCUUGUCCGAGAAUGCUGAGUUUGCCCGCGCCGUCGAGAAGGCCGGCAUGGUCUUCGUCGGUCCCACGCCCGACACCAUCGACAGACUCGGUGACAAGGUCUCUGCCCGAACCAUCGCCAUGGAGUGCAAGGUCCCCGUCGUGCCCGGCACCCCCGGCCCCGUCGAGACCUUCGAGGCCGUCAAGUCCUUCACCGACGAGUACGGCUUCCCCAUCAUCAUCAAGGCUGCCUUUGGCGGCGGUGGCAGAGGCAUGCGUGUCGUCCGCGACCAGGAGUCGCUGCGUGACUCCUUUGAGCGUGCCACCUCCGAGGCCAAGACUGCCUUUGGCAACGGCACCGUCUUCGUAGAACGCUUCCUCGACAAGCCAAAGCACAUCGAGGUCCAGCUGCUCGGAGACAACCACGGCAACGUUGUUCACCUAUACGAGCGUGACUGCAGUGUCCAGCGCCGUCACCAAAAGGUCGUCGAGCUUGCUCCGGCCAAGGAUCUCCCCAUCGACGUCCGUGACAACAUUCUCGCCGACGCCGUCAAGCUCGCCAAACAUGUAAACUACCGCAAUGCCGGUACCGCAGAGUUCCUUGUCGACCAGCAGAACAGAUACUACUUCAUCGAGAUCAACCCCCGUAUCCAGGUCGAGCACACCAUCACCGAGGAGAUCACCGGUAUCGAUAUCGUUGCUGCCCAGAUCCAGAUCGCUGCUGGUGCUACCCUCGAACAGCUCGGCCUCACCCAGGACCGCAUCUCCAUCAGAGGAUUUGCCAUCCAAUGCCGUAUCACCACCGAGGACCCCACGAAGGGCUUCCAGCCAGAUACCGGCAAGAUCGAAGUCUACCGCUCUGCAGGUGGUAACGGUGUCCGUCUCGACGGUGGUAACGGCUUUGCCGGCGCCAUCAUCACCCCCCACUACGACUCCAUGUUGGUCAAAUGUACCUGCCAUGGUUCCACAUACGAAGUCGCACGCCGAAAGAUGCUUCGUGCUCUCGUCGAGUUCCGCAUCCGUGGCGUCAAGACAAACAUCCCAUUCUUGGCCUCGCUGCUCACUCACCCUACCUUCAUCGACAGCCAGUGCUGGACCACCUUCAUCGACGAUACCCCAGAACUAUUCUCCCUCAUUGGCUCUCAGAACCGUGCCCAGAAACUGCUUGCGUACCUUGGUGAUGUUGCCGUCAACGGAAGCAGCAUCAAGGGUGACCAUGAGGGAUGGAAGAGGAUCAUCGACGAAAAGGGUCCCGUUGCCUUUGCAAAGGCUGUCCGUGAGAACAAGGGAUGUCUCAUUAUGGACACUACCUGGCGUGACGCCCACCAGUCUCUGCUGGCCACCAGAGUCCGUACCGUUGACUUGAUCAACAUUGGCAAGGAAACCAGCUAUGCCUUCAGAAACGCAUACAGUCUGGAGUGCUGGGGUGGUGCUACCUUUGACGUCUCCAUGAGAUUCUUGUACGAAGACCCCUGGGACAGACUGAGAAAGAUGAGAAAGGUGGUUCCCAACAUCCCAUUCCAGAUGCUGCUUCGUGGUGCCAACGGUGUUGCAUACUCUUCCCUCCCUGACAAUGCCAUUUACCACUUCUGCAAGCAGGCAAAGAAGUAUGGUGUUGAUAUCUUCCGUGUCUUCGACGCCCUCAACGACGUCAACCAGCUUGAGGUUGGUAUGAAGGCCGUAGCCGCCGCCGGUGGUGUUAUCGAAGCCACUAUCUGCUACUCGGGAGACAUGCUUAACCCCAAGAAGAAGUAUAACUUGGACUACUACCUCGAUCUGGCCGACAAGAUAGUAGCCCUCGGCACUCACAUCCUCUGUAUCAAGGAUAUGGCUGGUGUCCUCAAGCCCCAGGCUGCCACCUUGCUCAUCGGAAGCAUCAGGAAGAAGUACCCUGACCUCCCCAUCCACGUCCACACUCACGACUCCGCCGGUACCGGUGUUGCCUCCAUGGUUGCCUGUGCCCAAGCAGGCGCUGAUGCCGUUGACGCUGCCACCGACAGCAUGUCCGGCAUGACCUCCCAGCCCAGCGUAGGCGCCAUCCUUGCCUCGCUCCAGGGCACCGACCAGGACCCCAAGCUCGACAUCCCCAAUGUCCGCGCCAUCGACACCUACUGGGCCCAGCUCCGUCUCCUCUACUCGCCCUUCGAGGCUGGCCUCGCUGGACCCGACCCAGAGGUCUACGAGCACGAAAUCCCCGGUGGUCAGCUUACCAACCUCAUUUUCCAGGCCCACCAGCUUGGCCUCGGUGCUCAAUGGCUCGAGACCAAGAAGGCUUAUGAACAAGCCAACGAUCUCCUUGGAGACAUCGUCAAGGUCACCCCUACCUCCAAGGUCGUUGGUGAUCUAGCUCAGUUCAUGGUCUCCAACAAGCUAAGCCCAGACGACGUCGUUGCCCGCGCCGGUGAGCUUGACUUCCCCGCCUCCGUCCUCGAGUUCCUGGAGGGUCUCAUGGGUCAACCCUACGGUGGAUUCCCUGAACCUCUCCGCUCCAAGGCUCUUCGUGACCGCCGAAAGCUUUCGGACCGUCCUGGCCUCCACCUGGAGCCUCUUGACCUAGUCAAGAUCAAGGCCGAGAUCAAAGAGAAAUUCGGCAGUGCUACCGAGUGCGAUGUUGCCAGUUACGCCAUGUACCCCAAGGUCUACCAGGACUACCGCAAGUUCGUAGCCAAGUACGGUGACCUUUCCGUUCUGCCAACGAAAUACUUCCUUGCCAGACCUGAGAUCGGUGAAGAAUUCAGCGUUGAGCUCGAGCAAGGAAAGGUGCUUAUCCUGAAACUGUUGGCUGUGGGUCCUCUGUCCGAGCAGACCGGUCAGCGAGAGGUCUUCUACGAGAUGAACGGUGAAGUCCGACAGGUUUCCGUAGAUGAUGUUCUUGCUACCGUUGACGACACCAGCCGCCCCAAGGCCGAUGCUAGUGACAGCAGCCAGGUUGGUGCGCCAAUGAGUGGUGUCGUAGUUGAAAUCCGAGCCCAUGAGGGUGUUGAGGUGAAGAAGGGAGACCCAAUUGCUGUUCUCAGCGCCAUGAAGAUGGAAAUGGUCAUCUCUGCGCCUCACCACGGAAAGAUUGCUAGUCUACAUGUCAAGGAGGGAGAUUCUGUCGACGGCCAGGACCUCAUCUGUAAAAUGACCAAAGCUUCUUAA